AUGACAGAGGCCAGCGUCCUCUUCCUCCGCACCUGCCUCGUGCUGCUCGCCAUGCCCAUCUACUUACUAUCGUUCCUGGGCAUAUGGCAGCCUUUCUGUAAGAAGGUAUUUUUUCCUUUCUUCUUAGAGAAGCUUUUUACAAUUCACGAAAGGAAAGCAAAGAAGCACAAGCAGGAGCUAUUUCAUAAUCUACCUGACUUCAAGAGCCCCUCAGGAGAGCUGAAGCUGCUGGAGAUCGGGACGGGGUGCGGUGUUAACUUCCAGUUCUACCCACCAGGCUGCAAAGUCACCUGCACUGACAUAAACCCCAACUUCCAGCAAGCCCUUUCGAGAAGCAUCAAGAAAAAUCAGCACAUCCACUACGAGCGUUUCCUAGUAGCUGCAGGGGAAGACCUGCACCAGGUGCCCAGUGGUUCUGUGGACGCCGUCGUCUGCACCCUGGUCCUCUGCUCUGCGCACAACGUCAACGGUAUCCUGAAGGAAGCACUGCGAGUGCUCAGACCUGGAGGUGCUUUCUAUUUCCUGGAGCACGUGGCUGCCGAUCAUUCCAGCUGGAAGUACUUUUGGCAGCAGGUCUGCUAUCCGACUUGGAAACUGGUCUUUGACGGAUGCUGCCUCACGAGAGAGCUAUGGAAGAACCUCGAACGGGCCGGUUUCUCGGAGCUGAGGUUGCAACACGUCAGCAUCGCGCUGCCCUGGACGCCCAUCCGGCCGCACAUCAUGGGCUACGCCGUGAAGUAG